CCAUUAACGUUACGUUGGAGCUUUAAAGUCUAAACGUACGCUGCGCCUACUAGUACUACGAACGCCUAUUGAGUGAGAGAUCGACAAAGUAAAAAGAUCAAGUGAUGUAAAACACGAGAGAGAGUGAGAGGUAGGGCUAGCUAGGACGACUCCAUCCAUGUUGGAAGCUUGGAACUGUUUGAGUUUGUGAAAGAAGAUCUGUUCACACCAGUGAUCCACCAACACACAUACACUCUGAUCUGACUGAUGCAGAAUGCCCAGCUCGAGAUACUGUCCUGACCUUAUGAACACAAAGCUUUUCCUGUAUUUCAGUGGACCCAAGAAGUAAUAAGUGUUCGGACCUGUGUCAAGACACUCCAAUAACUUAUCUUCGAAACUCUUUGAAGCCCCUGGAAACAGAAACUGGACUGAAAACAAAAAGAGCUUUCAGUACAUGUACAUGUAGCCAAUUGAUUGAAUAUUGGAAGUGGAAGAAGUAAGCUACACUUUACAAAUCAGCAGUUCGAUUGCCAAUUUGACUGGACCUUACUGAUCAAGAGACUCACACUUUGGAACACAAGAUGAGCAAAAGAGUGAACACGACGGCUUCGGCAAGGCUAAAGCAGGACUACAUGAGACUCAAGAAAGAUCCGGUUCCUUACGUUACAGCUGAGCCUUUGCCAUCAAAUAUCCUGGAAUGGCAUUAUGUUGUACGAGGCCCCAAGGAAACUCCUUACGAGGGAGGACUAUACCAUGGAAAGCUGGUGUUUCCCAGGGAAUUCCCCUUCAAACCUCCUAGCAUUUACAUGACCACACCCAAUGGAAGGUUCAAGACAAAUACAAGGUUAUGUCUGUCUAUUAGUGAUUUUCAUCCUGACACUUGGAAUCCAGCCUGGUCUGUAUCCACCAUCCUAACCGGUUUACUCAGCUUCAUGGUCGAGAAGAACCCGACAUGGGGCAGCAUAGAAACAACAGACUUUGUUAAAAGGCAAUUUGCACAUGAUAGCGGAGCCUUCAAUAUAAAAAAUUCAACAUUUUUAGAGCUCUUCCCAGACACUGCAAAAGAAAUAAGGCAGAGAAUAAAGAAAGAAGAAGAGGAUCUCAAACAGCGUUCCGAAUCCAACGCCAACAGGUCCCCGGACCACAGUCAGAUGAGGACAAGGACGAAUAACUUUAACGCCCCUGCGGAACGACCCGCUGGGAUCGUCGGUAGCACCAUGGCCAACGUGCUUGUCAUCGUGGGCUUUGCGGCGUUUGCGUGGACAGUCAAAUAUGUACUGCGUAGCAUAGCCAAUACAGACUGAUAGGGAGCAUGGACUUUGGCAACAGACAUUUAAUUUGUAAGCGUCGGCGGCAAAGCUGGUGGAAUUUUGAGAGGGGGUAUUUGUAAUGAGGGUAGCAUUUCACAAACCUGUCCUAGGUACAAGGUCCCUGACAUCCCACUGAAAUGUGUGUAUUAAAAUUAGGACACGUUUCAAUGGGAUAUCUGUGAACUUGUACGAGUGACGGUCUCAUGAAGAAAAGGUUGAGGUAAUGGUUAACGUCCUGUAGCAAGACAUCAGUCUACAUUUGCCACACUUGACCCAGGUGAAUUAAAAGGGUACCAGUAGGAGGUAAUUCCUUGAAUGUUACAGCCAGGAAAAGUAAUCUACAGGUCAUUAGAAGCCGAGAGACAUUGAUGAAUAUGUGUGAAAUGUGAAGAUAAUUACAAGAAGUGAACAUAAUUACUAUGAAUCAUUAUUUUCAUGGUAAGUAUUCCCGGUAUUUGGUGUAAUAGAUCAUACUUGCUACAGACAGUCAUGGUUGUUGUGGUAACCGUGGAGGAGUCGUCUCGUAAUUGGGAGGUCAUUGGUGCGCUCAUGCCCUUUGGUAAGGCAUUAAUCUGUAUUACUGAGUCCCUCAGAGAGGACCUAAAGCCAUCGGUCCAUUUGUUACUUACAUACAAGCAUACACAUACUUUCUUAGCAGUUAGGUAGAAUAAACCAUCAAAGCAUCAUAGACCUACUUGGAUUCAUAAAAAUUAAAAGGGAAUCUGAAUGAUGUUAGGCUAGUAUUUAAUAUGAAGUGAAUCCUCUUCCAGAAAGUGCCAUGCAGAUGAUCUGACACUUGCAUUUUUUCCAUCUUUUCUUACUUCAUUUGGUCUGGCAACAUUUGCUGAGCUGACAGUUGGUCUGGGCUUUAUUUCUUCUUUUAUUUUGGGUUAGGGUUAGGUUUCAGGUUAGGUGUAGUGUUUGGUGCGGGUUAAAGUUGGUGUAAGGAAUAGUUAGCCGAGCAAUGAUAGCCAGAGCAUGUGUCGUA